CGGGGCUUUAUGUGGGGAGAUUUGGGGCACAUUUCCGGUUUGCUUUGGAUUAGAUAGGAAUGCGUGUGUUGACACUGGCGAGUUGACCAGCCCCGGGACUGACCCUUAGGCCUGACGGCUGAGUGGACCGACGCUCGCACCCCGACGAGGCAGGUGGUGGUAGGCUUGAGAGUGCUUUUCAAACAGACUUUGAUUCAAGUGAUUAUGUGUCUAUUUUACCAUCUGUUUGGUCUGGAACUGCAAAGGGAGCCGAGUGCCACAAGGGUGUGGAAGCCGAAGUUUGUUUGCAAGAUUACCUAGUGUCUUUGCACAGUUGGGAUUUGGGAGUUCUUCAAAAAGACCUCAUGAUCUUGCUUGUUUUCCGUGCGGUAAGACAGGACAUUUUACCUCAAGUAAAGAACAUGGUGAAACUAAUUCAUACCUUAGCCGAUCACGGUGAUGAUGUCAACUGCUGUGCGUUCUCCUCUUCCCUCUUGGCUACUUGCUCUUUGGACAAAACAAUUCGCCUGUACUCCCUAAGUGACUUUACCGAGCUGCCCCACUCGCCAUUGAAGUUUCACACCUAUGCUGUCCACUGCUGCUGUUUCUCCCCUUCAGGCCACGUUUUGGCAUCCUGUUCAACAGAUGGUACCACUGUCCUAUGGAAUACUCAGAAUGGAGAGACUUUGGCAGUGAUGGAACAGCCCACUGGUAGCCCCGUGAGGGUUUGCCAGUUUUCCCCAGACUCCACUUGUUUGGUAUCAGGCGCAGCUGACGGAACAGUCGUAUUAUGGAACGCCCAGUCAUACAAAUUAUAUAGAUGUGGUAGUGUUAAAGAUGGCUCCUUGGUGGCCUGUGCAUUUUCUCCGAAUGGAAACCUCUUUGUCACUGGAUCCUCAUGUGGAGAUUUAACAGUGUGGGAUGAUAAAAUGAGGUGUCUGCAUAGUGAAAAAGCACACGAUCUUGGAAUUACCUGCUGUGAUUUUUCUUCACAGCCAGUUACUGAUGGAGAGCAUGGUCUUCAGUUUUUUCGAUUGGCCUCAUGUGGGCAGGAUUGCCAGAUCAAAAUUUGGGUAGUUUCUUUUACCCAUGUCUUAGGUUUUGAAUUAAAAUAUAAAAGUACACUGAGUGGGCACUGUGCUCCUGUUCUGGCUUGUGCUUUUUCUCAUAAUGGGCAGAUGCUAGUCUCGGGGUCAGUGGAUAAGUCUGUCAUAAUAUAUGAUACUAAUACUGAGAGUAUACUUCACACAUUGACUCAGCACACCAGGUAUGUCACAAGUUGUGCCUUUGCACCCAGUACUCCUUUACUUGCUACUGGUUCAAUGGACAAAACAGUGAACAUCUGGCAGUUUGAUCUGGAGACACCUUGCCAAGCAAGGAGCAUGGAAGAUCAAGUGAAGUUUACUGAAGAUUGGUCAGAGGAAGAUGUCUCAGUGUGGCUUUGUGCACAAGGUUUAAGUGACCUUGUUGGUAUUUUCAAAAUGAAUAACAUUGAUGGAAGAGAACUGUUGAAUCUCACCAAAGAAAGUCUGGCUGAUGAUUUGAAAAUUGAAUCUCUAGGGCUGCGGAGUAAAGUUCUAAGGAAAAUUGAAGAGCUCAGGACAAAGGUGAAAACCCUUUCUUCUGGAAUUCCUGACGAGUUUCUCUGCCCAAUAACUAGGGAGCUUAUGAAAGAUCCUGUCAUUGCAUCAGAUGGCUAUUCAUAUGAAAAGGAAGCAAUGGAAAAUUGGAUCAGCAAAAAGAAACGUACAAGUCCCAUGACGAAUCUUGUUCUUCCUUCAGUGGUACUGACACCAAACAGGACUUUGAAAAUGGCCAUCAGCCGAUGGCUAGAGACACAUCAAAAAUAAAAUUAUUUAUACUGUUUAUAUUCUUCAGUGAUCUCGAUUGAAUGAUUGAAAGGUAAAUACGAAUCAGAUAUUAUUAAAAGCAAAACAGAAAGAGUGAAUUUAGUUACCUAUAAAAACCUUUUCUUUAAAUUGUAUGGACUAAGUAACAUAUCUGACUUCUAUUUUUACUAUAAAAGCCUUUUUGUAUUAGUGAAAGAAAUCUUAACCUGUAGGAAAAUAAAGUUUCACUCUGACUUAAAA